AUGGAUAUUGAUUCCAAGAUCAAAGCGUAUAGAUUUGUCGGCUAUGCCGCCGUUACCUUCUCCGCUGUGGCUGUUCUCUCAGUCUGUGUGACCCUUCCAAUGGUCUACAACUACGUACACCAUGUUCGUAGCCAGAUGCACUCUGAGCUUAACCUCUGCAGAGGAUCAGCCAAGGAAAUCUGGUCCAGCGUGUACUCCAUUAAGGAGCUUCCAAUUGCUGCUAACAGAACUGCCCGUUCUGCUUACAACGACCAAUGCAGUGGAUGCUGUCUCCCAGGACCACAGGGACCACAAGGAACCCCAGGAAAGCCAGGAAAGCCUGGACGUCCAGGAGCUCCAGGAACCCCAGGAAACCCAGGAAGACCACCUCAGCAACCAUGUGAGCCAGUCACUCCACCACCAUGCCAGCCAUGCCCACAAGGACCACCUGGACCUCCAGGACCACCAGGACAACCAGGAGACAACGGAGCUCCAGGAGAGCAAGGACCAAAGGGACCAAACGCUCCAGCUGGAGAAGCCGGACCAAAGGGACCACCAGGACCACCAGGACCACCAGGAAACCCAGGAGCUCCAGGAGAACCAGGAACCCCAGCCAAGUCUGAGCCAGUUGUCCCAGGACCACCAGGAACUCCAGGAUCUGCUGGACCACAAGGACCACCAGGACCACCAGGAAGCAACGGCAUUGACGGAGCUCCAGGAAACCCAGGACCAAAGGGAGCCCCAGGAGACGAUGGAGCCCCAGGAAAAGACGGAGAGCCAGGACAACCAGGAAGAGCUGGAACUCCAGGAGAGCCAGGAGAGAAGGGUAUCUGCCCCAAGUACUGCGCCAUCGACGGAGGAGUUUUCUUCGAGGAUGGAACACGCCGUUAA